AGGCUAGGAGUGGACAAAAGGCUAGGAGGGAAUACAGCUGGGACAGCUGACCUGAAUUGACCAAAGGGAUGUUGAUGUUCAAUGCCAUGAAACAUAAUGUGCAGCAACAAAAUUGAGGGGGAAAGUUUUUAAGGAGCUGUCAUUUCUCAGGUUCUGGGUCUUAAGGGAUUGCUUUUGCAUUGCUUGCCUCUUUUUUUUUUUAUUUUUUAUUGUUUUGUUUACUUUUACAUAUUAAAAUGCCUGUAUCUUAACUAGGUUUUCUCACCUUUGCCAUUUGUAUUCUGUCCCUCAUCCCAUUGCAUGUGGGGUGUGAGCAAGCUGCUGUGGUGGUGCUUAGCUGCCUACAGUUAACCCACAACAGCAUGGUUAAAAAGGAGCCAUCCUGAUGUACACAAAUUCAGUGUGGAGACAGUCCAGUGGUAUCCUCAUGACACUGGCAUGUUUACAUCCAGCUCGUUUGAUAAAACCUUGAAAAUAUGGGAUACAAAUACUUUAAAAUCUGCAGAUGCCUUUCACUUUAAAGGGACAGUUUAUAGCCAUCACAUGUCUCCAGUUGCUACAAAUCAUUGUUUAGUAGCAGUUGGUACCAAAAGCCCCAAAGUACAUCUCUGUGACUUGAAGUCUGGAUCUUCUUCUCACAUUCUUCAGGGUCACAGGCAGGAAGUACUGGCAGUGGCUUGGUCCUCACGUCAUGAAUAUGUUUUGGCAACAGGAAGUGCAGAUGGUAAAGUGAAAUUAUGGGACGUGAGGAGAGCAUCUGGAUGUCUGAAUACACUUGAUCAGCACAAUGGAGAAAAGUCCAAAGCAUCUUCGGAGGCAGCAAACAGUGCUCACACUGGGAGAGUUAAUGGUUUAUGCUAUACAAAUGAUGGACUUCAUCUGUUAACCACUGGUACAGAUGAUCGGAUGCGACUCUGGAACAGCUUCACUGGAGAAAAUACAUUAGUGAAUUAUGGGAAAGUCUGCAAUGAAAGCAGAAAGGGACUCAAAUUCACCGUCUCUUGUGGCUGUGAUCCAGAGUUUGCCUUUGUACCAUAUGGUAGUACCAUUGCUGUUUACACAGUUUUCACAGGAGAACUGAUAACUAUGCUUAGAGGGCAUUACACUGCUGUCAACUGCUGUGUAUUUCAGCCUAAUUUUCAGGAACUUUAUAGUGGUAGCAGAGAUCGCAAUAUCCUUGCAUGGAUACCAGCUCUUCGUGAGCCAGUUCCUGAUGAUGUUUCUGAAAAGGCUCUGCCUCAACAGCAUUUAAAUCCAGCAUAUGAAGACGCAUGGAGCAGCAGUGAUGAUGAAGGCUGAAUUUCAAUUAUGUGCUGAUAUGCAGUUGACGCUCAGGCACUGCGUUCACAGGCUUCAUCUACAGAUUUGGUUAAUGUCUUAUAAAUUACAACUGGAUUUUUGGUACAGUUCUGUUAGGGCAAGUUAUUUUGGAAAUGAGUUUUCACUGUUCUGUGUUUUUCCUUCACUGUUAAAUUUAAAGGAUUGCUUUUUCAUACUUACUGACU